ACAGAUUGUCGUCCCCCUGCUGCUGUCAACAUGGCCGCAUUGGUUUGUUCCAGAAUCCUCCUUCAGAGAUCAUCGCAGCGGUUAAUCUUUUGCUCCGUAAAGGCGCCGACUUUUACCAGUCAAUUUUUGUCCCGCGGUCAUCGUUUGGGCCCGAGCGAUGAUGAGAUGUACCAGCGUACGUCAGUGUCCAUCAUGAAGAAGGAACCUGGCAGCGGCAUCAUGAUCCACAGCUACAGUACCCAGGGAUUCGACAUUGAUGGAAACAGAGUGUUUGGGCCUUGUGCUGUACUACCCCCUGCCAUCCUGCAAUGGAAGGUUGGGAGUUUUAAAGACAUCACAGAAGAAAGUGUGUCACUUUUCCACAUGCUUGUACCCCAUAUAGAGAUUCUGGUGCUGGGCACGGGGACACGGCUUGAACGCAUUCAUCCUUCAGUCCUGGCUCUUCUCAAGAGCAAAGGCAUUGCCGUGGAGGUGCAAGACACGCCAAACGCAUGUGCCACCUUCAACUUCCUGAUAGAUGAGCACAGAGUCGCAGCUGCUGGUCUGAUCCCUCCGUCCUUCAGCAGCAGCACAGAGUUGAAAAUAAUGGAUGAGGAGUAGGUGAUGUGAAGCAAAAACCAGGACUGUUGGCAGCAGCGCUUGAGUGAGAGCUUCACAAAUAAUCUCACGGUGAUGCUUUUCCUCAGGUGUUUAUUUAUUUAUUUACCACACCAAACAGGACAUGAAGAGCUGGACUGUCCCCGCAUUAAAACUCUGUUGAAAUCAGCUUUCAUUUUGUAAAUAAACCAUGUGUUAUAUGUCUAAAUGA